AUGGUCAUUGACGACUGGGAGCUCCUGCCCGAGUGGGAGUUUGCCCGGGAGCACAUCGAGUCCUUGGGGCUCGGCCUCAUCAUGGUCAUGUUCCACCAACUUUGGACGUUGCGCAACCGCGUCAAGUACGAAGACGGCCGCCCGCCGCGAGCCACGUACGUCUUUGGCGUCACCGUCGUUCGCUGGCUUUCCCACGUUCGACACUGGCUCCGGCCCGGCAACACAUCCGACGACAAGAUCGACGCGCUCCGUCAAGUCAUCGACCACCUGCUCGCGCAACCAGCUUACGCCAACCUCCGCGACUCGUUCCGAUACGCGUUUCCCGCGUGA